AUGGACUACUCAGCCUCUUAUCAAUAUUCGUAUGGAUGGGGUAAUCCAUCACAACAACAACAAACGACAAAGGAUCAACAGCAAUAUGCUGUAUAUGCAACACAAAUGGGAGGAGGACAAGCAAUGGGACAACAACAGCAACAACAACAUGAUGUGAACAAGAUGGGACAUUUGGGAAGUGUUGGGAACAAUCAGAAUCGUUCCCUUGGUGGCUAUUGGUCAUCGCCAUCGCAAGGCACUCAAAAUGCCGGGAAACCCCAAAAUCAGCCCUACUCGUUCAGUGGAUUCCCUGGCCCAUCUCCGUUCGCGAAGAGCUCAUUCCCGAAGAAAGGGACGAAUUGGUCGGAGAAGAAGCGAAUGAUGGCCAAAAAACCGUACAAUCCAAACGGCAAAACGCCGGCCAUGCUUCUCCAUGAGCUUUUCAAGAAUGUUCUGGAGAGAUUUGAUGAUCUCACUCCGGCCAAACCAACAGCCGUCAAAAUGUAUCGUUGUGUUGUGACGGUGGAUGGACGAGAUUUUCAGGCGGAAGCUGCGAACAAGAAAUUGGCUAAACAAAAAGCCUCAGAAGUGGCUGUGCAAGCUCUCCGUCCGGAUAUUUCGAUCACUCCAUGGGAAGAGGUGAAACCACAAGUCGUCAAACAAGAACCACCAAAGAAAAAACAAAAGAUGGCGGCUGAGGAGACAAAUGUGAUGACAAAGCCAACACAAAAAGACGUGAACAAGAUCUCGCCGAUUGAGAGCGCUCUCUCAUUGCUCGAUUUGUUGAGGAAACUGUGUGCUGAUCAAACGAUCGAUGUACAAAUGGAACACACGAAUAUCACGGAAGGAGAUCAAUCAAAAGUCUCGCCGAAUAAGCAUCGAUUCAGAUUCACACUCAGUUUCCCGGCUCAAGACAAGCAAUACGUGAAAGAGGGAUUCGGAAAGACUUCACCCAAAGAUUUAGCUAUCAGAGAGGCCCUCAAAGAGAUCUUUGGCGUAAGCGAUUUCGAUAUUCAACGGGUUGUCAAGCGAUCUCUGUCAUCAAAGCUCACACAAAUGAACCCAAUCCAGGUUCUUCACCACAUGGCCGCUAUGAUGAAUAAAGAGGUCGUUUUUGAGGUUCAUGAGGAGGAAAAAGCCGAUGUGAAGAAAAUGCCAGUUGGAGCGACUGGAUAUUAUGCAACUUGCAUUGUAAAAGAACAACAAAAUCCUGAAAAUCAAGCAAGUGUGAAAGGAGAUGUGGCCACGUCGAAAGUCGAGGCGAAAAUGAUGGCAGCCAAGUUGGCAAAUGUUGAGAUUUUCGGCCUUGAUUUGGACAACAUUCCCGAGCGUCCAGUCAUUCCGAUUCCCGCUUGUCAAAAGCUGCAAAUUCUGCUGAUGAAGAAGAAUCGAGGGCGUCUCCCGAAAAUCUCGUACGAAGAUCUGCCGGCUCAACCCGAUUCUACGAACACAUCACCGGUUUUCCGAAUUAAAUGCAAGAUUCAUGAUAAGGAGGAGUAUUUCGGUGUUGGAAAGAGUAAAAAGAUGGCCAAAAACGACGCGGCUCAUCAGGCAUUGAAAGCUAUAUUUAAGUUUGAUUACGAUGAAAGCCUCAACAAUGACCCCUCGCCUCAUUAUGGAAUCAGCAAGCUUUGCUAUGAUAUCUCCGAAUAUACAAAGCGUGAAUACUUUCAAAUCUUCUUCUUGUUGAAUGAGAAAGAUGAAAAGAGAUUGUUGUCGAUUGGAAGCUGUCCACUCACAAUUCUUUCAACUGAUAAGUUGGAAUCAUCCGAGGGAUUGGCUCUCAUCCACAUGCAAUCCAUCGUUUUGGCCAGAAGGAGUAUGAUUCGUUAUUUCUUGAUGGAAUUGGAGAAGUUGGGAACGGAAAGAAGCGAAGAGAGCAUCUUCCAAACAAAUUCGGAGGGUGUCACCUCGCUUCGUUCGGGUCUCCGCGUUGUCCUCUAUUCGACAUUCGCUCCUGAUAUCCGUUUCUCGACUCCUGAUGCACAACAGCCAAGUCUUUCCAUUUACACAGCCGAAAACUCGAUUGAUCGUGUGCCGGAUGAUCAACAAACGCUUGAAGACGCUCUCAACUCGCAAUUCCUUCGUGUACACAGUGUGGCCGAUAAGAUCUUCAAAUGGUGUCAUUUGGGUGUCCAGGGAGCUCUCCUCUCGACUCUCAUCCAACCGAUUAAACUCUCAUCUGUUUAUUUUGGAUCAAUUCCAAAUUCUGAAGACUCAGCUCUUCGUCACUCGUUCUACAAUCGAAUCGGUGCAGCUGUUUCGAAUGAUGUGAUUGUUGAGAGUAACAAGAUCCCAAUCCAGCCGGCAGCUUCUGUUCCGCAUGUUUGGACAAGAGAUAUCGAACAUCUUGAGACAUUGAAUCCACAAACGGGAAGAACGGCCAGAGGAGCGCCAUCGAGAUUGGCCAAAGCUGAGCUGUUUCAGACUUAUCUCCGAAAGCACCCGGAAAACGCUUCCUUGACUUACAAUGAAGUAAAAGCUCAAGCGAAUAACUAUCAACAAAUGAAGCAAAUGUUUUAUAAACAGAUCGCUGAUUUGGGCUAUGGUCAAUGGCAACAAAAACCCGCGAAAAUUGGCGAUUUCAAGUCAUCGGCUGAGGAAAUC